GCCCAUUACCAUUCCUACGUCCCGCAUUUACAACUCACCAUCUCCUUUCCUUUCCUUUCCAUCCAGCUUCCUGUUAAUGGUGAUUCUGUUUGUUGCGAUAACAGUAAAACCCAGAUGAAUGAAUUAAUUUAAUUAACACUGUAUCUUGCACUAAAAAGUCACUGGCUUCACGAAGCAGCAAACACCAUGCCGCUCUCUCCGCGCACCCACGCCGCUUCUUCGAAUAACGCUACCCACUAUGACCUCCCCUUCGAUUCACAGAAAAACCAGCAACCCCGCUUCAGUUCUUAAUGCGACGCUGCAACACUGUCAAUUGAAUCCCGCCGCUUCACUUCCUCUUUUCAGUUUCAAUUGCUUCUGGGAAUUGGAUUAUGUGUGAGUUCCAGAUAGCCGGGUAGACGCAUUUGUCCAGUUUCUUUUGGUAGAUCGGGAGCCAUGGAGAAUCGCAGAGAUGCUGACCCAAUUUCUUUUCUCAGUUUGUUUGCGGCGCUUUCGUAUGGGAUUGCUUCAAUGGCGAUGGUGUUCAUCAACAAGGCCAUUGUGAUGCAGUAUUCUCACUCUAUGACACUUCUCACUUUCCAACAAGUGGCUACAGCCUUGCUUAUAUACGUUGGGCGGAAAACAGGAUACACGAGAUCGAAGGGACUCGAUCUCCAAACAGCUAAGAGGCUUCUCCCUGUUUCUCUCUUCUACAAUGCCAAUGUGGCAUUUGCUCUGGCCAGCUUGAAAGGGGUUAACAUUCCCAUGUAUAUUGCAAUAAAGAGGCUCACUCCUCUUGCUGUGCUGAUUGCUGGCUUUUUUGCUGGGAAAGGAAGGCCUUCUACUCAGGUGACUCUAUCUGUCCUACUCACUGCUGGCGGAGUUGUUAUCGCAGCGCUUGGAGAUUUUUCCUUCGACUUGUUUGGUUAUGGGUUGGCAUUUGUUUCUGUUUUUUUCCAGACCAUGUACCUAGUUUUAGUGGAGAAGUCUGGUGCAGAAGAUGGGCUUUCUUCAGUUGAGAUAAUGUUCUACAACAGCUUCUUGUCUCUUCCUUUUUUGAUAUUCCUCAUCAUAGUUACUCGAGAAUUCCCCGACUCUUUGGUGUUAUUAAUCGCAAAGAGUAAUUCCUUCUCAUUUUUGGUGAUACUCAUUCUCUCAUUGGUGAUGGGAAUCAUUCUCAACUACACCAUGUUCUUAUGUACGAUAGUCAACUCAGCUCUAACAACAACCAUAGUUGGUGUACUAAAAGGUGUUGGAUCGACGACUCUUGGUUUCUUCUUACUUGGCGGGGUGAAGGUGCAUGGUCUGAACGUGACUGGCUUGGUCAUCAACACUGCUGGUGGACUGUGGUAUUCAUACGCAAAAUAUAGGCAAAGGAAAAGCCGGCCACUGAAGCUAACGCCAGACAUAGAGGCACAUCGAAAGUAAUAGCUCCGGUGUCAUGGUGGCCAACGAGUGAACAUAGAAUGUAUGCUUGGUUUGUGAAGAAGACAAGCUCAUUGUAAGGAGUUACACUGAUGCUUCGUAACAGAUACGUCUUUUGUUCGAAUGGUGGCGCUGCAACGUUGUGAGUAUGAAGAAAGACACUAUAGAGUAGGCUGAUUCUACAAAACCCUAAAUGUGGCAGUGACCAUUCCCUUUCAUCACAUACAAGCAAACAAUCACACACUAUUAUAAAGUAUAUAAACACGCAUUAAACUCAAGGCGAGUUUUUGCUUUCUUUGAGUUCAUUCAAUGGAUUACGACGAGGCACCAUACUACACUCGAAUGAUUAAGCAGGUACCUGAGUACUAUGAGUCUGCAUGAUUGGAGAGAGUGCACACAUAAGUAGCUAUAUCAUAUUAGAGAGAUGGAAUGCAGAUGAGUUUAUGUUGGGAAAGAGGUUGACCUGGUUGUUUUCAAGGCUCCAGGGCCAUGAUAGCAAAUAGCAGUUGGGUCUGGU